AUGCUAAACAGCAUCUCAUCUGACGGGUGUGGGUUUUGCCGCUCAACAGCUUUUUCGUCCACGUCACUGACUGAGACUCAAAAACGUUACUGUCAAAUAGAAAAGGAGCUGCUGGCGGUUCAGUUUGGUUUGCUGAGAUUCCGGCAAUAUGUUUAUGGACAAAAAGUGACCGUUGAAUCGGAUCACAAACCGCUUGUUGGUCUGCUGGAAAAGCCGAUAGCAACUUGCUCCCCAAGGAUCCAACGGAUGCGACUUCAACUGCAAAGAUUCGACUUUCGGCUUGUGUAUAAGCCCGGCAAGGAGCUUUUCAUCGCCGACACCUUGAGCCGUGCACCUUCACCGCGUUUGUUCACGGAUGACGUCACCCAGGAUAGUGAAGACCAAGUGCAUCAUGUGCUUCAUAGUCUCGUCACGUCCGUGUCCACAAGGAAGCGUUAUGCCGAAGCCACGGCCUUGGACCCUACUCUGCAACUUUUGAAAACGGUGAUUCAAAAAGGAUGGCCUGAGAAGCGUGCUCAGUGUCCGGCUUCAGUCAAACCGUAUUGGUCGGUGCGGAGCGAUUUGUCAAUGGUGGAAGGCGUUUUAUUGUGUGGCAGUCGUUUAGUGGUUCCAAUGUCCCUUCGUCGCGAGACCAUGGAGGGUAUACACGACGGUCAUUUCGGUGAAACGAAGUCUGUUUUACGCGCGAAGUCAGCGGUGUAUUGGCCCGGUUGGGAGGAUCAAGUAAAAAAUAUGGUGGCCAGUUGUUCGGUUUGCCAAGAAAACCGUGGUCGAAACCCUAAACUGCCGUUACAUCCCGUCCGGCUUCCGGAUUACGCCUUUCAGCUGGUGUCUGCUGAUUUGUUUGAGUUUGAGCGCGUGAACUAUAUUUUGCUGGUGGACUCAUACAGCAAAUGGCCGUGUGUCGUUCCCCUUAAAUCAACAACCUCGUCAGCCAUCAUUGAAGAGAUGUCACGAUUUUUCUGUGACUUUGGACGGCCAGAGGAGUUGGAGUCUGACAACGGGACUCAAUUUUCCAGUGCGGAGUUCCGUGAAUAUUGUGCAUCGUUGAACAUCAAGCAAGUGACGUCGAGUCCCGAGUUCGCCCAAUCCAACGGACUGGUUGAGCGACACAUCCAAACGGUAAAACGCACUUUGCUGAAGAUGUUUGCUGAAGGAAAAUCACUAUGGGAGGCCCUGGCAGCCAUCCGUUCGACCCCGGUGUCCGGCUCAUUACCGGCCCCUUCAGUGCUACUUCAAGGACGUAAUCUUCGUGGUGUGCUGCCUUUUCUCGACGCAUCCUUAUCUCCAAAGCUGGUGCCGGCGUCGUUUGUACGUCAAGAGUUGUCUCGUCGCCAACAAACGGCGGCGUUUGUUCAACCCCGCCCACCGAGUGGAAGUUCAUCAGUGGCUGUCCAGUCAGCCGUCGCAAGGACGGCCCGUCCAGUCGCUGGUGUCAAUACUCCGUCUGGACAGUCUUCCGUGUUCCAGUCGUCUGCUCAACAAGAGUCUACGCCAGUCCGUUCUGUUGAAGCGCCCAGCCGUCCUGUUCGAGAGAUUCCGGCCUCACCCGCUCGUUUACUUGUUUCCCGUAUUCCCGUUCGUGACCGGGUGGUUUGGGUGCCCCCUUCGGCCAGCAGUGGUCAACAUGCUCCUGUGGCCGCCCUUGGCGUUACCCGCUCGGGCCGACGCUACAUUAAACCUCCACCACCCUCUCAGUAA